CGGACGCGCUAGUCUCCCGGUGCGCGCGCCCAUUACCGGUUCUUUUUGCGUUUCAGGUCCGACCGCGCACACUUCGCGACAGUUUUUUUUUCUCGCGUCCGCCCGCGUUAUCGUGCUCGCCGUGUACGGCAUUACCCGCGUUCGUUCGCCGCGCUCGACCGACGUCGAUGCGUUACCGCGGUCGCGUGCCCGUGGUCGUGGUGCACUCCGCUGGAUCGAUCUUUGACCUGUAGAUGGGAGACGGAACGACGGAACGAUGAAACCUGACAUUGGAAUACAUUUUAUUAUCGCAAUAUUUAUUUGGCUUGUAUCGUGGACCGCUGCCAUCGACCUUGAACAUAAAGAUCUUAAUACACCAUAUAAGAUAUGCGGCGGUUUGGUGUUCAGUUGCCCGACAACGGACGACAACAAGGAUGUUGUCGGGAAGAGUUCGAGCAGGAAAUGCCAGUGCGACGAGGCGUGCGACGAGUAUGGCGAUUGUUGCACCAACUCUCCGUACUUCUACAAGAAUACGACGCACCGGAACGAGAAACGGUUCGAGUGCGUGCGCGUGGACGGCAGCCUCGAGGACGGCGUCUACGUGGUUAACAAGUGCCCGGCCGAGUGGACGGACCGACGAGUGCGGGACGCGUGCGAGGCGCCUGCUGACUACCGAGACGGCAUGCUCAACAACCCGGUGACCAGCCGGGCGACGGGACACGGUUACCGGAACCGAUUCUGCGCGCUUUGCAACGGAGACGCGGUCGACCCGGUGCUAUGGGACACGCGGCUGGUUUGCGAGAACCUAUUGAACGUGUCGGAAGGCGCCGAGCAGUCGGUGGUGGACACGUUGCGGUACGAUGGCGCUCGGUGGACGGUCACGUACCUGGGCCAGGUGUACCGCUGUGAGCAGACGGUGGUACCGCCCGCAGGUAAAUCGAAAUUAUCGAUCCAUCGGAUGUUUAUCAAUACCGGACACAGGUACGGUCUGUUCGAAAGUCUUGACUUCAAAACGAGUUGGGCACAUGACCGGGAAAAUGUGCACGUUAACCCGACGAAAGCUGUACGCCACUCAACGCGAUACGCAUCGGUGGAGAAGACUUAUUUAAAAAACUGUCUCCGUUUUUCUGUGCGCAGGAACUACUGGGAGCUGCUAUGCGAACCGACGUACGAGUACAGUGGCCAGCGGCUGUCGCACUGCUACGACGACGAGGCGUGUAAGGUGUACGGCGAUUGCUGCCGAAACAGUAAGCACUACGUCGAGACCGAACAAACGGUGACCGCAGUGACCGCGGGGGCGGUUUUCAAUAACAGCCGGUACAGGUGUUACAAGCCGGAGAGCUGGACAUCGGCGGCGCUGUUGAUCGACACGUGUCCACGGACGUCGGCGGCCGGGCUCCGGGACAGGUGUGAGCAAGCGGACGUAACGACCACGUACCCGGUGACCGGGGCCGCGGACGGUCACGUUUACGCGAACGCUUACUGCGCGUGGUGCCGUGGCGUACGGCACCGCGUCUACUACUGGAAACCGCUGUUCCGGUGCUCCAGCAAGAACGGCCAGCGGUUCAGCGGCCGGCUGGAAGAUAUGGUCAACGGGAAGCUACUGCACAGGAACGGGCGGUGGUACUACGUGAACUUCAAGGACCUGCAGUUGAUGUCGUGUGGUUUUCAGUUGGACCGGCCCGACGCGGGGCCGGCACCGCGGCCGUGCGUCCCGUCCUGGACCGGCUACGUGGACGGGUGCCCGGCGGGCACGCCCGCCGCACUAGCCAGGGCCUGCGCGUCGUACACGUACACGGUGUUCGAGAAAGCGAACGUUACCAGCGAACGUGUGGCGCGUGUGUUCCGGAACGUCGAUUGUGCGCUGUGCAACGGAGUGCCGGUGAACCAUACCCUGUGCGCACCGCCACGGCAGCGGUUACGUAAUAGCUUCAACGAACUGUUCAUGGUGAUCCCGGAACUGUGCACGCAGGACGAGAUCUACGAUCGGCUGGCGGGCAAGUGCCGGGACGUGUUCCGCGACGAGUUGAUAUUGGCCACCGGGGCCUGGUGCCGCGAGAUGGCCGCGUUCGGGCCGGACGAGUACGACGUCGGGUCGGUGGACAACGAGACCGCGUACGUGUACGCGUACAAGUCGCGCGUGAAGUACCGUGAGGAUGAGUCGCGGAACGGGUCGACGCUGUACGUGUGCACGGAGGACGCGGAGGGGUUGCGGUUGCGCGAGUACGCGCCGCCCUCGUACGCCAAGUAUCUGUCGUACGCGGGCACGGUGGGCUCGGCCGCGUCGGCCGUCGCGUUGGUGGCGCACCUAGCGCUGUUCGCCCGCGGCAGCACCGUCGGAGGCAGCAGCGGCGGCAACGGUAGGCCGGAACCGCGGAACCUGCCCGAGAAGAACCUGGCCAGCCUGUCGGGCAGCCUGCUGCUGGGCUACGCCAGCUACCUGGCCAUCUGGUCGGGUGCCGUGACUGCCGGACCCGCGUGGCCGUGCCUCGCGUCUGCGCUCGUCAUGCACUUCGGGUUCCUAGCCGCUUUCGCGUGGAUGUUCGUCAUGUCGGCCGACGUGUGGUUCGUGCUGCACGCGGCCACCAAGAAGCUGCGCGUGGCCAACGGCCGCCGGACCGCGCGGUUCGUCGCGUACUCGGCGUUCGCGUGGCUCGCGCCCGCCGCGCUCACCGCACUCACCGGCGUCUUGCAGCUGCGCCUGUCGGCCACCGCGGACGCGAUCAUGGCCGGGUACCGGCCGCGCUUGGAGCACAACUGCUGGUUCCGGAACCCGCGGUCGCUGGCCGCGCUGUUCGUGUUGCCGGCCGGCGUGACCGUGGCCGCCAACUACGUGUCGUUCGCCGGCGCCGUGUGGCUAAUAGCCACGUCCGGCGCCGGGCUCGAUCACCGUUCGUCGACCACGGCCGUCAGUCGGUCGCGCGCCAACCUGCGCGUGUACGUCCGUCUGUCGCUGAUGAUGGGCCUGGCCUGGGUGUUCGCGCUGAUCGGCGCCGUCACCGACAGCGACGUCGUGUGGACGAUCAACACGGCGCUCAACUCGCUGCAGGGCGCGUUCAUAUUCCUCACGUUCGACUGCAAUUGGAACGCCACCCGGGUGCUGGCCGCGUUCCGCCGGAACGUGUCCACGUCCGACACGGCCACCAGCACCGCCGGCGCUCCGCUCAGCGGAUCCAACUGACAGCUGUUCUAUUAGUGUUACCGUACACGUGCGCGUCCCAUUGCUGCCGUCGCCGAGCCCUUAUCGCUCCAUUGCUCUUGUUCGUUCGCAAUUCAAACCGUGUGUUCUGCAGCACUGCCUUCGCUGUUGGUAGUCAUGGACGUUUGUCUAUUUUCGAUCUAUUAAUUUUUGCGUUUGUUCACUUGAUUAGAGAUAUUCAUAUGGUAGCGUAGAGCAAAUUGGUGUUUUUCUUACUAGAAAAUAUGUUUGAUUACAUAAAAUAUGUCAAAUAUGUUUUUUUUUUUUUUUAGAUUUAAGACUUUAAGACUUGCUGGCCAUUUCGUUAUUUUUAACCAUUUGUUCUUCUCUAUACGUGCAUGGUACUUUUUAUUUUAAAAACAAUUUUAUUUAUACUUUUUUCUCAGUUUCGAAACUUGUUUGCUGUUCCAUUCAAAUUUUAAGCAAAAUAUUUUUAUUGCAAUUUUUGACCCUCCUCGCAAUAUGUAUGCCAAUUUUUUUUUUUAAAUUAGCCUAUUUAUACUUAUCUAUGUAGCUCGAAGAGUCAAAUAUAUAUUUAAUAAUGUGAAUAUCAUUCAUAUAUCAAUAUGUAAGCGUGCAAUGAAUCCUAUUUUCAAACAUUGAAAAAAGUAUAAAUAAUAAAAAGUAUGUUAGAGAUAUAAUUCACUUUUAUUAUAAAAUCUUAAAUGUAAAUAAACUUAUGAUUUUCUCCCGAUAUUAAAAUAUUGAAAUGAAUUAUUUGUUCACACUUAUACAACGUGGCCAGAUGAGUGAAGCGUUAUGUGACGGACCGUAAUCGGGUCGCCAACCUAUGGCCGAGGCGUUUGCCGAAGCAUAUAGAAUUUUUUUUUAGUUUAUUUUUGGUGAAUUAAAGGAAAUAAAAAUCGCAUACCAAACGGUGUAAAAUAAAAAAG